AUGGAGCGGUUUAAGGAAUUGACGUCAAACGUUAUAAAUUCAAACCACAACGCCUGCCCUAUAGCUUCACUUUGCAAAGAUAAGGUCAAGCCCAAGAUUAACGAGACCAAGAAGGAUGAAUCGUCCGGGCAGGUCGUAUGGCCCUGA